CGGAAAUACUGUAAACGGGCGGGAAGUUGAACAUCUUUGAGAUUUCAAAACGUUUUCAUCACCGACUGAAUUAACGUGUAUUUAAAUAAAGAAGCAUAUUCUGCAAGAGCGGAGAUGGUGGACAGAAGUCUUGUUCGGGACUUGAGACGUUGGGCGACCGAGGAGUUCAAUCUGCCCCCGGACAGCCUGCCAAAUGACGGCAACUUUAAAACGCUCUGCAUCGGACAAGGGAAGUCAAUAUGGAAAUAUGUCAUCCAACAUGUUUUUCAACAGAGGAAUGUCAGGAUCAUGCGUGGCAAUCUGCAGUGGUACAAAGUUAUUCAAGACAAAGAGUUGAAGCAGGCUGAGGGCCAGAGUGAGGCCGCUAAGCAGAAAGACCUUCAGAGGAAGAUCGAGCAGCUGAAGUCCGAGAUCAGUCACCUGGACUCUCAGAUCAGUGGGACAGAGGAACAGCUGGCUACACAAGAGCAGUCCGUCAGCCGUACCUGGGCUCAGGUGGAGGACAGCCGGCGCAGAGAGAUGCUGCUGCAGGCCUUCAGGCAGCGUUGCAUUGUGGGCCGCCAGGAGCUCUCUGAUGACAAACAGAAGAUCAGCGGGCACUGCCAGACUCUGGAACAAAUGUCCAGGAAAGCAGAGGUUGAGGUGCUGUUUGAUAAUCAGCCCUCCAGCAGCAGUGAUGGUGACAACGUGAACUCCAAAGCUGCAGCAGAGGCACAAGUCCUGCGUGAAGUGAGAGAGCUGUGUGACGGCAGGGUCCGCUUCUACCAGUCUCUGCAAGACAGUGAGCUGAAGACAACGUCCAAACAUAUGACCAGAGAACAGAGGACUUUUGUGUUUCAGUACUGGCUGAGUGCUGUGGAGAACCUGUUGGGCGGUUAUCCUCCGAACCACAUCCUCUCAGCUUUACAGUAUUUAGCCUCCAGAGAGCAGGAGGAACUGGAGGAGAAACUCUCGGCUCUGAACGUGAUGCGCGAUGUGAAGAAUCUAAAGUUCCGCUAUGAAAGCAAUCACCUUCUGGACAUGUCAGCAGAAGAGGAUGAUCUGCCAUCUGUUAGAUGUCUCUUAGAGGAUGCUUGGGAGGAGGUGGAGCAGAGUUUGGUGCAGCUGGCCCUGACCCGCUCCAGAGUCCAGCUGAUCCAGAACCAGCUGCAGGUUCGACGGAGGGAGGCGGAGCAGGAGGUGUCCGGCAUCACUGAGGAGCUCCACAACGACACCUUGGCUCUGUCGGCUCUGGAGGUGGAGCUGCAGGUUGUGAUGCAGGCUGCAGCGCGGGAUCACAUCAGAGAGCGCUGCCUCCAGCUGGACCAGCAGGCCAGGAGCCGGCAGGAGGCGCUCAGGAGUCUGCACAGCCAGUGGCAGAGCAUCCUGGACUUCAGACAACUAGUGGUUCUCAGACAGGAAGACAUCAGAGGUCUGAUUAAAGGAAACUCCACGGCCAAGACGGAGCUGAUCCGUCUGCAUAGAGAGCUGCAGCAGUUUGUCCUCGCUACGCUGGUGCCUCAGUUUGAAGUCGUCUCCUCUGCAGCCAGCAGUCAGAGGAACUGCAUUUCAAAGGAGGCGCGACAACUGGGAACCAUUUCCUUUCCUGCUCUGGACCGGAGGACUACUGAAGGAGGACAGAGAAUCGCUGCAUCGUGGCUGUCCAUCCAUCGCCUGCAGGCCCCGACCUUCGGCAGCCUGUGUCAGAGUCUGGACUUCCCGCUGUACAGGGCUCCAGAAGAGCUGUGUUCCCAGGCUCGCUCCCAGCAGCUAGAGUUGCGUUUUCUCCGUCAGUUACUGCAGCUGCACUCUGCUACUCUGCAAAACAUACAAAAGGAAGUGGAGCUGCUGCAUGCACCGGAUCAAAAAGCUCUGCUGUCCAGAGUGAUGGAGGAGGAUCAGAAGCUUCUGGAGUGUCUGGUACCGAGAGUCAGAGGCCUCACGCAGCGAAGCGCCCAGGGCCUUUCUUACGGGGUCCAAGUGAAAACUGCCAUCUCCUACUGGUGGGAUCAGCCAGCGCAGCAUGUCCUCCCUGGGGUCCAGAAAGGAGGGAUGACUUUCCAGCAGUGGCUUCAGAGGUGGAGACUUGCUGCCAAAGCCUCUUAGGGGAGGACCCUCAUAGAUUUUAAAGUAUAAAUGAGAUUUCUAACUGCACCUUUCUGUAUCAUAAUGACCAUGCACACUUCUUUGUUCUGUGUUUAUCAUGCACAUGGCUGCUGUUGAUGUUUUACCAUGUAAAAUAAGUCACUAAUAAAUCAUUUUGAAUCCAGUUAUGUGCUCAUGUCUUCCUUGAAAUGCAUUUAAAGAAACAAUAAAGUUGUUGAAAGCGGAA